UUCUUCAAUACAGCAUGAUGUUCAUUUAGUACAUUAUGGUCCAUUUAGAGGCAAACAGACCAUAAAGCAGGGGAAGCUUGUAGAAGAUAUUUAGAGUUUGUACUUUGCAGGCGUUUCUACAUGCUGUACCUCUACUAUAAUCUAUGAUUCAUCAUGUCUCCGAGUUAUUUGACCACACCUUUACAGGUGCACACUUGAAUGCUCUGUUUACCCACACAGACACACACAAGCUCGUUCACCUGAGAGGACUUCGCCCAAAUUCAGCUGCCACUUUUCACAGUUCAUCGUCUGCAGUAGAAACAGUUGAUAGGAUUUCAAAAAGGACAGACUGACAUUCGUCGUUUUGUUGCUUGUAAUUUCCCGAGAGGCCAAAUCAAAAUAUGGCUGAUUUAUUUUAUUCUCUUGCGUUGUGAGAAACCAAACCAGUGCAUGAAAAAGAGCAUUAUUUGAGUCAAAGUCUCACACAGCAGCAGCAGAGGCGGCCCUCCGCCCUUUGUUUGCUCUGUUCUUUUGUAAAGUAGCAGUAUUCACCCCGGCUGCUGGACAGAGACCGUUAGCUUGUUUCCCGUCCCGACCUUCAGCGUGGAAACUUGUGACCAUCUGCUUUUGAUGAUGCCUGAUUCUACAGGAGCACAAACAUCCGCUCUGAGUCUAAAAACCACACGACGGCAAACUCAGCCAGGCUUUUUACAGGGACAUUCCUCUACGGAGCGACUUCUAAAAACCCAGCUGUGUCACUUCAGAAAAACAAAGCACAAGCUUUUCUUCAUUCCUCGAAUCUUUAUUCCUCUGCAGAGACGUUGAAAUGAAACACUAAAGAUAUCCAGUUCUGGAGGUCUGAAAGAAAUCACUAAACUAUGGUUAUAUUUCUUUAAACUGCAGGAUGUGUCCUGACAAUGAAACGGCUUAAAGGAGACACUCUUCGUGCUACCAGAGAAGUUAAAACACACAAGUCUGUUUGUUUGCAGUACUGCCCUGUGACAGUAAAGUCCAGAUUGAUGUAGCGAGCUUGGUAACGUCUGCUGGUAUUUCUUUACACAAAGAGUAGAACGAGUAGAAAAGCUGUCGCUUUUGUGAAAUCAUCUUUUGCUUGACAGACUCCGUUCUGACUCCUAGUGGCGGUGUGCGUAUGUCCUUUACAUUACAGUAACUGGGGUGAAGUUCAAACCUUUUAUUACCACCUAUGCUAUGACUCAUUAUGGAUGACUCAGCUCCUUCAAGUGUCUCAGAAAGCCAUGACGGUGAGACCAGCAUGCACAAAAGCAGGACCCUGGAACCAGCCCCUCCUAGAUGGAGUCCAGCUGGUAGUAAAGUUGUCAAUCUUACCGUCCUGGCAAAAUGCCUGCCCUUAAAAAGAAGAGUUCUUGCUGCGUUAGGUGAGGAAGAAACCUGCCUGAGUGUGUCUCACCGUGUUCACCUCUGGAGGGCAGAACAGAGCUACAGUUCAUCUGCAAAGUCUGUGUUUUCUUUUGGAAAAAAUAGAUCUCCCCGAUGUUUUAUUUGUGGAAAAGAAGCAGAGACAAUACGACCAAAAGAACGUGUGAAUAUUUAGGGUUUGCUACAUACAAUACAGUAUACAGUAGUCAAUUUACAGAUGUUGCCUUUACACAUGAGACCGGUUCUACUGCUUUCACACAAAGUGUCAAUAACAGUGGUAUUACAGUUUAACACGCAGAAGGACAAAGACAUUUAUUUGGUCGAUGUCGACUUUGUUUCAGUCGAAGGAAUUUAUUACAUUUUUCUCCAUUUUAUUAAGUUGAUUAAGGUUUGGCAAUUAUUCAAUAUUGUUGUCCUUAUAUAUUGACAAAAAUCUCAUGUUUAGUCCAAUUUUACCCACAUUUCUCACAGCACAUUAUCCUGCAUGAGAACACGCGUGAUAUGAUGUUUUUUAUUAUAGGAUUUAGUUUUCUGUCAGUAGUGCGGACAUUUCUUUUGUCAGUCGUAGACGGUGAUAGGAAUAGCAAUGGAAACUAGAAGGACCGCCACCUCGGCUGUUUCCACGUAUGAAAAAGAACGCGUGUGUCCACCUCGUGAUUUGGAUCCGCUCCUAAAAUGUCCUGAAGUUCUUCCUUGGUCCGCACUACACCCUCCCACCAAGCUUCAUGAGAACUGGGCCGGUAGUUGUUUCUGUAAUCCUGCUGACAAACAAACUGAAAACAUCUCCCCCUUGGCGGUGGUAAUGAGUCUGACCAGUGCUUUUAUUUUUACUGGCCGUGCUGCUUUAUCAGCAGCAACAGAUGUCUGUCACCACGAUGACCUACAGCAGUUCCCAGUCGGGGUGGGGGCCACAGGCAGCUCGGAGGCAUUCAUGUACUUAAACGUGUCCCAAUGAGAAGUUGAACUCUCAUAUAUCUGUAUGUGGCUGAUAUUAUAAACAUGACCUGCGUCCUGUCUCAUGGACCAGCUGUAGUACCAUCAGUCGUAGUAAUUGUACUAGUAGAAGUAGGACUAGUAGUGGUCGCAGUAAGAUCAGCACUGUAAGUAGUAGUGAGAAGAAGAAGUACUGUGGCUAGUAACGUUAGCAGCACCGCUAACGAAAGGGUCCACUACACAAUGAUGCGUUCAGGCUCUGUUCAGUGAAAAUGAGUAUUGGGCAAAAUAAGUACUUGGGCUACACGAUUUUUAUGUAAAAGCUUAUGUAGUUUAUGUUGUCAUAAACUGGAUGCACGCUGACGCGUUGCUGUGUUCCACCAAUCGGUGACUCAGAGGAGCUGCUGUCCUCCGGAGACGAGAACACGAGACGACCUCGUCCUCCGCCGGCCUCGACUGCCUCGCGUACCACGACUCCCAAACAACUAGGUCGCCGCUCUCCGAUUACACUUCACCAAAAUAACACUGGGCUCAGAGAGACUCCAACCCUGUGCAACCAUUUCUCGCUUCUCUUUGCAUUUUUACAUUUGAACAUGUACCAGUACAUCCAAACACCUGGAGUUUAUAAAAACAGAAACAACGAGCGGGUGAUCGCUCCGAGGCGUUAACACGAAAACCAUCGAGGGUACGAACCUGCGUGACUAAAGCGCCAUCAGCAAAACAAAGCUUCAGGAAAAAAUAUUCUAAAUCUAACCAAAAUAACUUUCGACAUGAAAUGCAUAAGCGACUCAUCAGGAUGGUCCCUGAAAGCACCUGGUUCACGGGGUAAACCAAGUGUAUCAUUUAGUGACCGCGUCACCAACAUUGUGUCUUUUUAAAACCCCGCUAUCAAUAAACAAUGUGUCAUUGUUCAACCUUCUGUCUUUAUUAUUCUGAGUGAUGAAUAAUCGUGGAGUUUGAGCCUCUCUAUGUCGGGGGAGGAGUCAUGUUGGGCGACGCCCCCACGACUGUUGCCGUAGAUUAUAAAAACCCUCUGCAGUCAAGUAAGCCUUUCCUCGCUCUCGUUUUAGCUGACGCAACAGACCCGCGAUGCCUCAGUUCGAGAAGUCGACGGUCCACAUGAGGGACCCCGAGAGGGUGGAGCAGAUCAUCUGUGGCCUCAUCAAAGGAGGAGCCUCCAAACUACAGAUCAUCACAGACUUCGACAUGACGUUAAGCAAGUUCGCCGUCAACGGCAAACGCUGUCCGUCGUGCCACAAUAUCAUCGAUAACUGCAAGCUGGUGACGGAGGAGUGCAGGAUCAAGCUGCUGCAGCUGAAGAACAAAUAUUAUCCCAUCGAGGUCGACCCUUAUCUCACCACGGAGGAGAAAUACCCGUUCAUGGUGGAGUGGUAUUUCAAGUCCCACACGUUACUCGUGGAGCAGCGGCUAGAGAAAGACAAGCUGGCCGAGGUGGUGAGAGAGUCUGACGCUGCCCUCAGGGAGGGAUAUGAGCAGUUCUUUGACCGCCUGCAGCAGCACAAUGUGCCCGUCUUCGUCUUCUCCGCUGGCCUAGGCGAUGUCCUGGAGGAAAUCAUCCGCCAGGCCGGAGUCUACCACCCCAACGUCAAGGUCGUUUCCAACUUCAUGGACUUCGACGAAAACGGCGUCCUGAAGGGUUUCAAAGGCGAGCUGAUCCACGUCUACAACAAGCACGACAGCGCCCUGCGGAACACGGAGUACUUCAAACAGGUGAAGGAGUACUGCAACGUCGUCCUCAUGGGCGACUCACUGGGCGACAUCAGCAUGGCCGACGGCGCGCCCAACGUGGAGAACAUCCUCAAGAUCGGCUUCCUCAACGACAAGGUGGAAGAGCGGCUCGACAAAUAUCUGGACUCUUACGACAUCGUCCUGGUGAAGGACGAGACUCUGGAAGUGCCCAACGCCAUCCUCCAGAAGGUUCUGUAACUCCACCCACAGCUGUGGGCCCGUCAGACUUCUAACACCAACCUGAACCUUCGUCGCAGGUCCAAACCCCCUCCACUGUCUCCGGAUCAACCUUCCAACUCCGUUCCCCCAACUUCACCCUUUAAAGCCUUUUUGCAAAAGACGCUUUACAUCUCCUGAAUGAACCGUUUUAAACGUCCACACAGCAGCGUCUCUGGAGUCUUUUGUCCGUUUUGAAUUGUUUCCUGAUGUUCUCUCUGUCGUAACCAAAAGUGAGAUAAAGCCCCAAACACACACUCUCCCUCCAUCUUUUGUAAUUUGCACAUUAUUGUUACUAUUGUUGAUCUGGUAAUAACUGUUAGAGCUGUCCCUGCAUGUCAGACGUAGAACAUGCAUCUGCAAAUGCUACGCUACAGCUUGAGGAAUUAAUCGAGUACAUAGAGGACAGCAGCAAUAUAGUGACCACAGACACAGUUUCUGUUUUAGGAGGGGGGGAGGAUUGUCAACAUAAAACAUGGAAGUUGUGAGGAAACGCACUUUACAUUCUCGUGCACGGCGUAAAUCAGCCGGCACGUUGACC